AUGGCGCAGAAUAUCCAGCUGAAUGGAGUUGAGAAAUUUGACCCUCAUGGUGACCCCGCACAGUUGAGACAAAUGUGGCGGCGAUGGUUGCGUGGGUUUGAGUAUUUUGCUGUUGGAAAGGGAGUCACAAAUCAAGGACAGAAGAAAGCCCUUCUACUGCAUUGUACCGGUCCUGACGUUCAGGAUAUUUUCUUUUCCCUGACGGAGGAGGAGGGAACAGACGAGUAUGAUAAAGCCGUGAAAACCUUGAACAAACAUUUCGAAGUGAAAAUCAACGUGCCGUACGAACGCUAUGGUUUUCGCAACAUGGAACAGGCGGCCGGGGAAACAGUUGAUCAGUACAUAGUGCGGCUCCGACAGAAGGCAUUAUUAUGCGAGUUUGACAAGUCAGACGAGGAGAUCAGGGACCAGGUGAUUGCACAAUGUAAGUCACAUAAAAUUCGUACCAAACUGUUAGAAAAGGGGCAAUCAUUAACACUUGACCGUUUGAGGAUGAUCGCAACAAAUGUAGAAUUGACUGAGAAACAGUCCAAGGAUAUGGAGGCGAAGAAACCAGACUAUGGUCCACAUGUAAAUGCUGUAAGGCGACACAAGGCCUCUGACUACGAGCAAAGGAGAAAGAAUGGUGAACAUGGAGACGCCAGCAAGGGUUAUAGAGGCGGCGCUGGGACAAGACAACAUGCCAACGGUGAUCAGUGUUUCCGUUGUGGACACAGAGGACAUUAUGCCCGUGAUCAGGAGUGUCCAGCCCGAAAUGCGGUGUGCAACAAAUGCGGAAAUCGCGGACAUUAUGGAGUUGCUUGCAAGACCCAGACGAGCAAAAACAGAAAAGACAAUUACGAGCAAAAGGAUGCCAAAUGGAGAAAUAACAAAGGACAAAAAUGGAAUGGAACCGGAGGAAAUAAACCAAGAGGAAAAGUUCACACAGUGCAAGAAGACACUAAAACUGGUAGUGACACUGAAUUUGCAUUCCAUGUAGGCAUGGUGGGAAGUAAUAAAGAGGAAAAGAUCAAAGUAAGUUUGGGGCAGGGCAUACCAGUAGAUGUUAUCAUUGACAGUGGAGCUUCAGUAAAUAUCAUUGACAAAAGUCUGUGGGAGGAAUUGAAAGGUAAAAGAAUUCAGUGUAAAUCUGAAAGAAGUAAUAAGAAGUUGUAUGCAUAUGGAUCAACAAAUCCAUUAAAGGUUCUUGGUAAAUUUGUAACCAAAAUUAAAGUUGAUGGUAUGAGUCAUGAAGACACUGAAGUAGAAGCAGAUUUUUAUGUCACAGAAAAUAAAGGGUCUGCACUUCUAGGUAAAGAUACAAGUGUUGAACUGGGUGUGCUUAAGAUUGGUGUAAACCUUGUGGCUGGAGAAGUGAUAGAUAGUUAUCCAGAAUGUUUUCAAGGGGUAGGAAAGUUGAAGGACCAUAAGCUGAAGUUGCACAUUGACAAAGAGGUUAGACCAGUGGCACAACACAUGUACCGGGUACCAUACACCUUAAGAGAGAAGGUCAGUGACAAACUAGAUGAAUUAGAGUCACUAAGUAUAAUAGAGAAAGUUAAUCACCCAACUUCGUGGGUAAGCCCAGUGAUUGUUGUACCCAAACCAAAUGGCGAUAUUCGACUGUGUGUUGAUAUGCGACAAGCCAAUAAGGCCAUAAUCAGAGAAAGGCAUCCUAUUCCUACUGUUGAUGAGAUUUUGUACAAUAUGAAUGGUAGUGAAGUUUUCAGUAAGUUAGAUAUGAAGUAUGGGUAUCACCAGAUAGAAUUGGAAGAAGAUUCACGAGAAAUCACAACGUUUGUAACCCAUAAAGGCCUGUAUAGGUAUACACGAUUGAUGUUUGGCAUAAGUGCAGCACCAGAGAAGUACCAGCAAGUAAUAGCUCAGGUACUACAUGAUUGUGAAGGAGUUCAAAACAUAUCAGAUGAUAUUGUUGUUCAUGGAAAAAACCAAGCAGAGCACGAUGAAAGACUAGUGAAAGUCAUGCAGAGACUGAAGGAAAAGAACUUGACCUUAAAUAAGGAAAAGUGUCAGUUUGGUUUGACAAAGAUUACGUUCAUGGGUCAUGUGUUAUCCAAAAACGGAGUUGAGCCCACAGAGGGGAGAAUCAAAGCCAUGAAAGAGGCAAGACCCCCCAACAAUGCAGCCGAAAUCAAGAGUUUUCUGGGACUUGUGAAUUUCUUAGCACGAUACAUUCCAAAUUUGGCCACUGUGGCUGAACCAUUGCGUAGGCUGACUAGAAAAAUGAGAAGUUCACAUGGGGCAAAGAACAACAAAACAGUUUUGAUGUGUUGA